UUCUAUUAUUCGUGAUGAAUACGCUACGUUUAGGUGUUAAGGUUUAUAUUACAAUAAUGUUAUAAAACACGAACAUUAACUCUUUGCUGUAUCAGACAGUUUCAGCUUGAAGGGAAAAAGAAGAAUGUGUGUGGAUCUAAGAUAAUGCUAGAAUAUCAAAUAAUAGUGCUAAAAUACAAAAUCUUUACAUUAAUUAGACAAAACCCGUUAGAGAUAUAGUAAAUUAUAUUUUUAUUGGUGACAAAAUUGUGUAGAAGACUGCACAUUGCCUGAUCAAUUAUGCCAAUCUGAGAUUCAACUUCUAGAACAUAAUGGCUGACUCGCCGCCCGAAGUCAACACGCCGCCAACAAGAAAUGGCUCGCUUAAUAUAUCCUUACCCACAGUCCUCUGCACUCCCGAACCCUCAGAAAAUACUGUUAUUCUUUGUAAAAACAAACCCUUUAUUUCUUCGGAGUCCAAAUUGUCUUUACCGUCUAACCUAGGCACACCCACAUCACCUUUACGGUUGUCUUCCCCGUUGUCCUUGCCUACAUCUCCUACUCCUUAUAUGAAGAUCGUGCAGCCACAACCAGAGAAGACUGUUGCUGACCAGAUGAAUUCUCCACCGACGACGAUAGUUCAGCAAACUGGACUGAACGAACCUCUUGUCAACACUGGGUCGGCUACAGGCAAUCCUAGGAACAAAUGCGCACUGCAGCCCGGACACAGUCUGAUGGACUGGAUCCGUCUGGGCAACUCCGGGAAAGACCUCGCGGGCGUCGGCGGCCGUAUGCGGCCCGUGUCGCCGGACGAACUCGCCGCGCAUAAUACGCAAAAUGAUGCCUGGUUAGCUAUCCGAGGUCGCGUGUACAACAUUACACAUUAUUUGCCUUACCAUCCUGGAGGUCCGGAGGAAUUAAUGCGGGGAGCGGGAAUAGACGCUACUCAACUAUUUGAUAAAGUACAUCCGUGGGUAAACUACGAUUCCCUUCUCGCGAAAUGCCUCGUGGGUCCGCUACGACUUGACAGGCCAGACGCGGAGGAACUCUUCGGUUCAUCCACUCCCUCCCCCAAAUCAGAAAACCGUCUCAGGGAACCCUCCAAAGCGCAAGAGCUGGUCAGAAAGUCCAUGGAAAAUCUUGCUAAUUGUAUCACCCCUGUUAGAAAAAAAAUGUCGGCAAAGAGCGAAGAGAACGUUAAAGGCAGUCCGCCUAGCAAAAUAAUGCAGAGUUUAAUACAAUCCAGCGAUCUGCCAGUGUCCAUAAGUCGGAGAGCAGCUGCGAGCCCUGUCAAAACGUCGGAAAAAAGUGACACCGCCCCUUCGCCUCUACGCUUUGAUUGGAUUCAAACGUCUACUAAACUGACGUUGUCGGUAUACACAGGGCCGCUGGCAAACCCAGGCGGCUGUGCGAGGAUCAUUGAAGGGAUUUUGAUUGUUGAAGUAGCCACUAACGGCUGGGUGCGAACACUCAAAUUAGUUCCCGAGGCGAAGUUGUUAGAAUCAUUACAGCUGCGAGUGUUCGCUGAAAGUGGGAAAAUCGAGGUGAUAUCACACAAAGCCGAGCCGGGCGUGUGGAAGACCUGCGGGGAAGCAGUGGCGGGCGCGGCAAGCCGGGUGUCGACGCCGCGUUCCGUGUCGUGUCGUGUGGCGCGCGUGUCGCGUGUGUCGCACGACACGGUGCUGCUGUCGCUCGCGGCACCCGCGCAGGCACUGGUGGCACCGCUCGGGCAUCAUGUGCGAGUGCAUAGGACUAUAUCUGACUUGGAAUGCGUGAGAUCGUACACACCAGUCGGUGAAGGUUGGGGGCCUGAUGCAAAACGGGAUAGUGCCAUUCAUCUCGCCGUGAAGGGGUACGACACUGGCGCCUUGUCACCCUACCUAACAGCGUUACAGCCUGGCGAUGAGGUCACGGUCUCUGGGCCAUACGGAAACUUUCAGCUACAUACGCUAAAAGGGGUGAAGGAGAUAUACUUCGUGGCGGCCGGAUCGGGUAUCACGCCAAUGCUGGGUCUGCUGAAAUUCAUGCUGCCGAGGUCCAAUCCGAGAUGUGAACGCAUCCAUUUGUUAUUCUUUAACAAAACGGAGGAGGAUAUCCUGUUCCGGGAAAAUUUCGAAGAAAUCGCUAGGGAAGAUGACAGGUUCUCCGUCACCCACGUUUUGUCAGACGCCGGUCCGUCGUGGUCCGGGCAUAAAGGCCGAGUGACUACCAACCUCCUUACACAAGUCAUAGGCAAAGACUCUCUCAAAUGUAGAGACCAGUGCACGCACUUUGCCUGCGUCUGCGGUCCCACCGAGUUCACGCACACCGCCAUAGGCUUACUGAAGAAACUCGACAUGAAAGAUUCAUGUAUACACGCCUUCAUGGGAUAAUAUAUCUAUGUAUAGUAUUUGCAAAUCAAAGGUGUCAAAUCGAGCUCAUGUAAAUACGACUGUGUUUUUAUUUAAGGUUCAUAAUGUGAUGCAAUUAUGAAGGUCUAUACUAUUUGCAUCGCAACGUAGUUUUAGAUUAUAUUGUUUUAUUAUGAUGCAGGGAUAACAUUUCAAUUUAAUUCUGAUUUAGUUAAAUUAUAAAUAUUUUACAUUUUUUAAGGUAGGUAGGUAGCUAACCUAACCAAUAUUUUUGAACGUUGGUUGAGUUUCAUAUUCGAAAGGUGUAAAAAAUAUUUUUGGUAAUAGGUAUUAUGCGUUGCGAUGUAGUGCUACAGAUUUCCCGAGUAGGUACCUACUUAUCUAAAUCACUAACAAGCAGGUGUAAUAAUACAUAUAUAAGAGAAAGCCCAAUAAAAUGAUGCACAAAACGUAAAAUAGAAUUUCACGAUAAAAGCAGUGAUAUAAACUGAAAUUGUAAUUUCAUGUAUGUCCAUUAGUCUUCAAACAGCAAUAUAUGUACAAGUAUUUUAAGGAGAAGUAUCCUAUUUAAAAAGUGAUCUUAAAGUAGAUAAGCCAUCGAAUUAUACAUACCUAUUAUGUUAUUCAGCAAAGGAGUCUAAUAUAGACACCUGACUUGAAGUUGUAGGUAUGUAUAUGUAGGGUUUUUUUCUUUUUCCACGUAAAAAAAGUUAACAUUCUUAAACAAUGUUUAUAAAGGUUUUUUUUUGACUAGAACUGUAAAUAUUUAUAAAUAUUUCUUAAUAGCCUUAGCUUAGAGGUCCCAAACGGCCCGGCCCAGCACUGUCGUAAGUUAAAAGUUUUAUUGUGUAUUUUAUUGGCAUUUUCAGAAGCCAACUAUGUAGAGUUACCUACUUACAAAUUACAUACAUAGAUUAUAUUUAUCUACAGGUAAGAUUAUUAAUUUUACGAUAACAUGGCCAAAACACCAAUAUAUACUACAAAGUUGGAUUAAUUUGUAAAUCAAAUGUGAUAAAAGUGAAAUGCUGUGUAGAUAAAAUUUUCUUGGCCAGUUCAGUCAAGUAUCUAAGUGUUAGGUUAAUUUCUAUAAUAAAAAUAUAAAAAAGACAGGAACUGCAGCCGAUUUUCGAAUCGAAUGUUAAAGUUGUAGGAUUAAAUAAGUUGUUAAAGAAAAGACAAUUGAGUUGUGAAGAUCGGUAAUAUGUAACAUGUACAAUUUAGGACGCUCACGGCAUUGAAAAAAGUCGAAAAUAGUUGUCCAUUUUGCAAAAC